ACCUAUGUUUCAGUCAGGUGUGACUUUGUAAUGAAUUAAAAAGCGACAACGAUUGCGUGACAUUAAAUGCAAACGUAGGAAAUUAAAUAUUUCUUCUACUCAAACAUUAAACAACCUCACAAGCUUUGCGAAAAUGAGUACUGACAAAAUGGCACUACCCAAAGCCGUUAGAGAUUAUUGUACUUUAAACGAUUUACAAGUGGAUGGAGUGUGUAAGUUAAUUGGAGCUAUUCUUGAUGCAGACAAGGAGAUGAUUUUAGAAAUAUUAGAACCAUGGUCGGACGAAUUGAAAGAUGAAUGUCUCUCGAUAAGUUGGAAAUAUUUAUUGGAACAAAAUAUUCCAAUUUCUUAUAACAUCAGUGAGUUUGUUGGCAUUUCUUUGCUUCCAUUGCGGUUUUAUUCUCCUGGUGUUGGAAAGCAACUGCAACUAAGUAAAGCCAAGAAAACAAACAUAUUGGAAUAGGUACAUGAUGAAACAUAUGGACGCAAUUUUGAUCUGGAAAGGUCCAACGGAUAAAAUAUUAUUAUAUCAUAUCAAACAAGUAGUAUUAAUGGCUAAUGAAGUAAGAUACUUAUUUCGCUCUGAAACUAAAAAACUGCCAUGGAUCAAACUAAUAUUUUAUUGCGUACAAUAUAUUAAAUAUUUCUACGCAACAGGCAAUCGCAACACUCUGGCAUCAUUAAUGUCAAAUGAUAAAUUGAUUAAUUAUAUUAAGUUGUGGAAAAUUGGCCUAGAGAAUAUGCAUGAUAAAGAGAAGUGGCAAGAUAAGAAAAUACAAGACAUGUUGCAGGAUUUUGAAGACACUUACGAUUCCAUUAGAGAUAUUUACACUAUUGAUAAAAUGAAGAAGUUCAGCACAAUACGGACUAGUUUUUUAAACAAUUUAAGAAUAUUGCAAGUAUUUGGUGAUUGCUUAAAAAGUACAAGCCAAACUCCAAAUAUUUCAUUACGCCUAAAAAAAUAUUUUAAGUCGCAUUUGGGAACAGAUUACGAAAACUUGAUUAUGCUCAGAGACACUAUAUCUCACUUAACAGGAAUACCACAAUGUAAUCAAUAUGACAUAAAACAAGUUGCCAAAUUGACCCACACAAUGGAAUCAACACUUCGAAAGAUUUCAGAUUCAAUAUUCAAUGAAUUCGAUUCUGAUUAUGACUCUGAUUCUGAUAAUUAUAUAUAUGAUUCUCAAAAAGAUCUAAUUAAGACAAUAAACCAAGAAAUUAAUGAUGCUCCAAAAUUGUCAUAUUAUGACUGCUUAAAACAAUUAGAAGAUGCCCUCAAUCAUAAUAAAGAGCAAGGAGAAAUUGAAAUGCUACUUAUGAUCAUAUUGAAUAAUUUAAAUCAAGAACAAGGCAGAUUGAAUGCAAAUCGGGAAUGGUUCAUGGAGAAAUAUCCGACAUUAACUGGCCAACAACUCAGAAACCAUCUUGCACAUGGAGAUCCAAUUGUGGAAUUAAUGGAUGUGGAUAUAAAGAUGGCAGCCAGACACACAGCAAUAAUGCUGAUUAAGGAAUUGAAAAUGAACGAUAAGAACAAUAAAAAGAUCGAGAAGGUUACAAAAAGACCCGCAAUUGAAGUGAUGCGGAAAAUCGAUUAUCAACAAAUAACACACUUGGAAAAAGAGAAGAAAUUGUUUCAAAUUAUUAUUGAAGGUGAUUUGGAAAAAUUUAAAGACUACUUACAAAAUAUUAGUUCCGAGUGGGUUAACUGGCAGGAUUUAAGGAAAAGGAAUGCCUUGCAUUAUGCUGCAGCAAACAAGAAAGAUAAUUUAGAGCUAUUUCAAUUUGUUCUUGAAGAAAGUUCAAGCUAUAUGAAACAAAUAAAGACAGAUAGUAGCUUACUAUUUCAAGCUUCAAACAAUUUCAAAAUUGCAAAGCGCAUUGUCGAGUUGCAUAUUUGUGCAUUGCUCGAGAACGACAGAACAUACUUGCAACAAAAUGAUAAUAAUGAUAUAUUGGAAUUAUGCAAGAAAUUAAUGAAAACUGAGAAAAUUCACAGCUUUUGGAACGUUUGUUAUUAUCAAAUAAGUUGUGAUAAUAUAGAGAAUCUAAAACUAUUAUUGGAUUCAAUUUAUUAUUUGUCACUCAAAGACCUAGAUUACACAGUAUCGGGUACUGGGACAAUGAAUUUUCGAAUGUAUCGUAUAGCUUCCUUUUAUCAUGCUAAAGAAGUGUUGAACUAUCUUAUCAACAUUGGAUAUGCAAUCAAUUAUCCUAAUAUCAACCAUCAAGAAAUACAUACAUAUUCCAAUACUGAAAAAUAUAAUGAAUUAAGAGAGAUUAUUAAAAGUGGACAAGUAUUCAAAGUAAAAGAACAUAAAGAAAUAGACGUCAUGAAUAGCUUGCAUUUUGCUGUUCAAAGUAGGAACUCCGAAAUAGUUAAGCAAGUGUAUCAAUGCCUGCCAGUAUUAUUAUUUAAAAAGAAUAAUGAAGACAAAACACCUUUAGAUGUUGCCGUCAAUGAAAAUCGUGUGAAAGAAUUUAACGUUUUAAUCGAACAGGCUAUCAAUAAUUCUUCAAAUCAAUUACAAAUGUUUAAGACCUUGGCCAAUGAAAUUAUUAAUUUGCGUGAGUCAAAUAUUUUUAGAGACAACAAAGGCGUGGCUGAAAAUGUAUUAUCAAAUACAAUAUAUGCAAUGAAGAUGAACCCCGAGGAAAAAUCGGUUCAAUAUUGGGCAAUUAAAUUGGCUCAAAGCAUGUUAGGAUACUACGAGUCAAACGAGCACUUACUUAACAUUUGGAAACAAAAAGCGAUUAAUACACUAUUCCAUUUUUCUGAUGAAUCGCACAUUGUCACAGAGUGCAUAGAUUUUGUUGUAGAGAUAUUCGACCAUAAGUGGAGAGCGCAACCGAAAUAUAAUAUCGCAGAUCAAUUAGAAACCAUCUUAUGUGCCAAAUAUGACCAUUCAUCGAUUAUUUUAGAAAAACUCAAUAUUGCAUUACAAAAUAAAAUUGAAUAUGGACAUUGGAGUAAGAUAAUAGCACACCAUGCUAAAUAUGCAAUUGAGACAUUUACGGAUGAUCCUCAUAUUCAACGUUAUGCCAUUAAGUUGAUAUAUCAUUUGCAUAAAAGUGGAACAGAUUUAGGAGUUUAUGAUUUAUGCCUUCGAACAUCGUUGAAAAAAGUACUGUCAGUGUUUGAAAAUGGCAGCACAGUACACAUAUGUUGUUAUUUGAUCGGAUUUUACUUAAUUUGUUAUGAGUCAACAAAAUUAGAAGAAACUGAUAACAAGAUAAAAUCUGAGAUGAACUACUUUAAUCUAGAAGACGAAUGGGAAAUAUAUUUCAAAAAUUUAGUUAUAAGACACUUCGAAUUUUUGGAAUAUGACUGGUUAACAUAUGCGGUUAAAACCCAAUUUAUGCCAUACAAUAACAAAUGAAGAAGUGCAUGCAAUUAGUGAAUUAAUUCAUGCCAUCCAAGAAGACAAAGAAAACGAAAUAUUGGAAAUUAUUGAUUCAUUUAAACAAGAUUCUAAAGAUGAGUUGCUUUCAAUGAGUGUAAAAUACUUAAAUGAUCAGCACUUUGAAAUCCCUGAGGACGUUGCCAAAUAUAUUAACGCCACUUUACUUAGAUAUCGUUUUUAUACAAAUGACACAUCUAUACAGCCAAAACAAAACUUACCCGAAAGCGAAAAAGCGGGAAGAUUGGAGUAUUUAAUCCAAAAAAUGAACAUUAUUUUGGAAUGGCCGGGUUCAAACAAUCAAGUUUUGAUGUAUCACAUAAAACAAGUUAUAUUCCAUGCAGAUUCAGUUCGAUAUGGUUACAAAAAGUUACUUUCUAAAUUGCCAUGGCUUCAGCUCAUAUUUUAUCUUCAGCAAUACAUUAAGUAUUUCACUUCAAGAAAUGAAAUUCACUUAUAUCAAAUUGGACUUAUAUCACCAAAAGAACUGACGAAAAUUAUUAAUUUGUUUCGAACAAUGCUAUUAUGCGUAAAGAAUAAAAAAGAUUCAUCAAAAAUUAAGUUAACAAGUGAAGAUAAGACUAUAAUAGAGGACUUUAAAAAGAUAUAUCAUGAAAUAAGGGAUGUUUACGAAUUGUACAGAAUUUGUCAUUAUAUUGACAAAUCUAACCAUAAAAACAAGGGCUUAAUCAUAUUACGAAUAAUACAAGUAAUUGGUGAAUCUCUAAAGCGAACUGAUAUCACACCAAAUGUUUCAGAUUCUUUGGUAAAUUAUAUUAAGGAAUAUUUUUUUGAUGAA